CUUCUUUCACACUUCAGCAUCUCUCAUUCCUAACCAUGGAUCAGGCCACCGAUCUCGCCGUUCAAGGCACAAACACCUCAAGCAUCACCUCGAAGCGGAGUCUUGAGCGUCUGGGCUAUUUGGAUCCAUGCCAUGUGCCGGGGGUGACUGAAAAAGACUCGCCCUUCAUGCUCAAGUAUGUGGUCCCAAAACCCUGUCGUCGCUCUCCAGUGAUCAACCGCGCAUACUACCAGCGGGUCGAGAGCAUUCGCGCUCUGGUCGACGGUUGGAUUGUCGAGUGCGAGUCUCUCGGCGUGGACGAGUGUGCUGUAAUCAGUCUUGGAUGCGGAUUCGAUCCGACCUUCUUCAGAUUAGCCACGCUGAGAAAGAGCAAGCAGAGCAGGACGAAGCUAAAGUAUAUCGACAUCGAUUAUCCCACACUUAUUGCAGAGCGACUAUACAUGGUCAGGAAUCAGGAUACGCUACGCAGUCUUCUCCCAGAAAAUCCAUCCAGAGAAGAUGUUGCAGAGUUUGUCUCAGAGACCUACUCCUGUCUGGGCAUUGAUCUGCGAAAGCUGGACCAAUUGGAGAAAGGGCUUCAGGAUGCGGGCGUCUCGAAGAAUGGACCCAUCGGGAUGCCGAUCUUAGUAGUCUCCGAGGUCGUUCUUGCAUAUCUUGAAGCAGAUGAAUCGGAUGCUGUCAUCAAGUUCUUUGCGGGAUAUCCAGAAGCCACUUUCAUCCUUCACGAGCAAUGUAUCCCGACAUUUGAUGCCGACCACGAAGAAAACCUCCAGCCUUUUGCCCUGACCAUGUUUAGGCAUUUUGAAAGGACGAUGACGCCGCUUAAAACACUACGCAAAUAUCGAAGUCUAGAAAACCACCGCGAUCGAUUCCAAACGCUCGGCUGGCCAAGCUGCGACAUCUUGAACAUGAACCUACUCAAUGACUUUAUUGUCAUGCCUAUGGAGGAAGACCAUCAGCGGAUAUCACAGCUCGAGCCCUUUGAUGAAUACGACGAACUAUACUGGAUCGGUUCCUAUUACUUUAUCGCCAUCGCUUCCACAACAUCCGGCAACUCGCCGGUUCCGAUUCGAAGUCCAGAUGUCCUUCGGCACAUCAGCCUACGAACGAAACUCCAGGAUCCCACAUAUUUGUCAGAAGAGCACGUUGAUCAAGGAAGCUAUGUCAAUAUCAACAACGCCUCUACGAUGACCCCACACUCCGCCAUCUCCUCUAUUGAAGUCAAUUGGGCUGGACAGAACCCAUUCCCAAGACUGGAUCUCAAUCGGAAGGGCCACACCGUGUCUAUUCUCGGCGAUCAUGCGUACAUCUUCGGGGGAUUCGGUUUGGACACAACAGAUUACCAGGAAGACCAGAGGAUAUUCCAUGCACGCUCGCAGCAGACACGGCUCGGUUCCAUGAUGCGUCUGGAUCUCGUCAAAGGAUCAGUAGAGACGCUGCCACGAGAUGAAAAUGGGCCAGCACCUCGAAUGCAUCACUCCGCCGUUACGACGCUCGACGGGUCGGCAAUUUAUGUUUAUGGUGGCAGGGAUGGUCCUACCAAAGUUCACAACGACGUCUGGAGAUAUACGCCCGAGGACGGAUGGGACCCCUUGUGGCGCGCUAAAGUCAGUCAGGAGAGUGACAGCUCAAUACCGAAGGGCUUAUUCAAGCAUACUGCCAAUAUAGUGACUAUUGCUGACAGAGAGAUGAUGGUCGUCUUUGGUGGCAGACUUGAGUCUGGCGAGGCGAAUGAUCAGGUAUGGGCGUUCGAUAUUGAGGAGGGCCAAUGGGGUCAUUUCCGGUGGAGACAAGUGGAUCAAAGGCAAAGGCUGCGUGGGAUAUUUUCACACAGCUCCGUGGUCGUGAAGGACGAAGCAGGUCAGGAUAAUUUGAUCGUAGUAGGAGGCAUCCUCGGCAGUAGCGAGAAGGUGUUGAGCACAGUUUGGAGUCUUACCUUAGGUAUCAAUGAUGAUGACCGGCAAUGUUGGGCGGAAGCAAGAGAAAUCGAGGUCAAAGCAAAUAAUGGUGCCCCGUUGAAGCCGAGAUUUGGCCAUUCAAGUGUUGCGGUUGGUGAAGACCGGAUUUGGGUCCUUGGAGGCGUCUCUUCUCCGGGGCUGCUUCAGUGGCAGGAGACCAUGAUCGAGAUUCGGCCGAGCGCAGGAACAUUCCAGCACCUGUGCCCAUCAUCCUUCAAAGAGCUGGUUAUGGUGGGCCAUGCAACUGCAGUCGAUACGAGCCGCGGAAGAAUUAUUGGAGUUGGUGGUGGAGGAACGUGCUUUGGAUUUGGGGCAUGGUGGGAUACCUCGGGCUGGGCUUUACAGAUCUAGAGUAAAGCUCUCUCUACACUUCAACUAAACAAGCAACAUCACGACUGGAAAAUAUAAUAUACACAUCCUUGGGCAUACUUUGCGAUCCGUUGUUGGCAGAUAUCAAGGGCAUGUACGUCUAAUGGUUCAGCCCACGAAGAACUUCUGCCCUUCAAAUUCAUCUGCUU